AUGUCCGAAGAUACGAACGGCACUGCGAACGGAGCGUCGCAGGCGCAGACCCAGCAGACGCUGAACAACCUCGCCAAUGGCGCCCAUCUCAAGCAGAAGCGCGCCCGAUCGCAACUCAGCUGUAUCCCAUGUCGACAAGGCAAAUUGAAAUGUAAUCGCUCCCACGAUCCCGCCUGCGACCAGUGCAUCAAGCGUAAUCGAGAAUCGUCGUGCCUCUACGUCCCGCCGCCUGUAAAGCAGAAGCCCGCGCAAAAUGUCAAGGGUCGCAUACGUCAGCUGGAGAACCUGGUGGUCGAUCUGAUGAACCAGCAGAGUACCAAGAACCCUCAGACCAACGGCAGCGACGAGCAAGAAGAGCACAGUCCUAGUGACGAGAGCCCUACUACCAACGGACACCGUCGAUCGACCACCUUUUCGCAACCCACGCCUCCCAGCGACAACGAUUCAAACUCUCCUAAUAAUGUCGGUACUGCAGGCUCUGGGAGUACGCAAGAUGAUGUGGAUGGUGCGACCAAACCGUUUGGCCAGAUGCGAAUAAGCAAGAACGAGAUCAGCUAUGUUGGAGAGACUCAUUGGCAAGCGAUACUGAACGGCAUAUCAGAGCUCAAACGAGAUCUUGGUGACAACGAAGAUGGCGAAGGUGAUCAAACGAAUGGACAUACCGAGCCUGAGGAACCUGACACGGAUCUGUAUGGCAAUGCCUUUGGCAACGUCCCGCUCACCAGCCUCCCAGGAGGAGACAAAGCUAACUCACCGCCUCACGCUACGACGGGUCUUGGUUUCUUGAUAGGAUCCUCAAAUUUUGUGUCUCGGGAGCAACUCAUCUCGUCGGUACCAGAGAAGAGGGUGGCAGAUCGCUUGCUGAGCCUUUGGUUCAACUCUCCCGAUCCAUUCAAACCCAUUAUCCACGCGCCUACCUUCCAAGACGAGUACAGGCGCUUCUGGCGAAACCCGCAAGAGACACCAACUAUGUGGCUUGGUCUACUGUACGCUAUUCUGAGCCUUGCGGCAUCCUUUGGGCUACGUGAUAGCGAUCCCACAAGCGCGGCCGCGCAGGCGAUUUUGGCUGAUGUGAACGAAUACCACACCUUGUGCGGAUCGGCUGCGGUAAUGGCGGACUUUACGAAACCGAAGCAAUACACGAUUGAAUGCCUUAUUUUGUACUCGGCAGGACUGAGGAGUAACGAUGCUUUUGUGAACGUAUGGCUUAUGAUUGGGCUCAUCGUGCGAUUGGCAUUAAGAAUGGGUUACCACCGAGACCCUGCCAGCUAUCCUGCCAUAUCCACAUUUGAUGGUGAGAUGAGAAGGAGGGUUUGGGCAAUCAUUAGCAUGAUUGACGUGUUGAUCUCGUUCCAGCUUGGUCUGCCUUCGAUGGUGAGAACGCUUCAGUCUGAUACACAGUCGCCACGCAACCUGCUCGACCGAGAUUUCAAUGUCAACACCAAAGUACUACCACCAAGCAGGGGCAUAGACGAACUAACGCCAUCCUCGUACACACGGGCAAAGCUGCGAAUCACGAGAAUCUUUGCCGAUGCGUCCGAACUCAGCCACGCCACGAUCCCACCGUCUCACGAGGAGAUGAUGGAGUUGGACAGAAAGCUGGAGGAAGCUAGAGCGCAUAUACCGCCACUCUUGCAGAUGCCGGACAUUAGUGAACUGGUUACCGAUCCUGCAGAGCAGCUCAUGUGCCGGUUUAACCUCGAUUUGCUAUAUUUGAAGGUCAAGAUGGUGCUGCAUCGACGCUACAUGGAAAAGCCGUUUGCACAACUGUCUCCGCACGAACAACAAAUGGGCAUCGGUAUCAGCAGGAAAGCUUGCACGUCGUGCGCAUUACGGGUCCUACAGCACCAUCACACCAUCUACACGGCAAGCCAGCCUGGUGGACAGCUCGAAAGCGUCAAGUGGUACAUGGGAUCCAUAUCCACGCACGAUUUCCUUCUUGCAGCAAUGAUCAUUUGCCUUGAAUUGUCACAACAGAUCAGUCCUGAUUCGGCGGUCAUGAAUCCCGGAGGCCGACUCUGUCCACAGCGGGCUGCGAUGAUGGAUGCGUUGGAGAAGAGCCAAAAGAUCUGGUCGGAUGCAAGCAAACGCAAGCGUCGGCCCAAUCAGUUCGUGGCCAAGGACGAGCACGCCCGUGGCGAGCACAUGUUCGAUGAGACGGAAAAGGCCAGUCGAGCGAUGGCAGUUAUGUUGGAGAAGGUCAAAGCCCGCUUCCCCCAGCAGGCGAAUGCUCUCGCACAAUUUCAGGAAGAUACCCCGUCUCAAAUGGCAUUCACGAACGAGGAGCUUGGGAUACCGACGCCGAUGCACACGUCUACUGGAGAGCGUCCACAAUUCGGCGGCAUGGUCUCGUAUCAUCAAUGGGACAACAUGACCGGCGUCCCCGACGGACUGACGCUGAACAAUAAUGCAUAUGCGGCCAACACUGGGUCGACCAAUGGGGCAACGUCACUCUCGCAAUCCAAUUCCAACGACACAUCGCCCGAACAAGACGGCUCUCUUCCCGACUUCUCCAUGAUCGGGGACAUGCUGGACAUGCCGGGCAACAUCGAUUGGGACAUGUUCGAUCAAGGCAUGACGAAACGCACGGCGCAAUUCACCGAGGGACAACUCAACGACAAUACGUUCCCCAUGAACGGCUUCGGAGGGACACCUGGAACCAUGGAUAUGCCUAUCGCAGGCAAUGCGAUGGUCGGGGGCGGAACGGGGCCUGGCAGCGGGCAGUAUCCGCCGUCGUGGAUGACGUUUGACAACAUGGAGGAUGUGAAUUUCGAUAUGACGGGGAUUGAGAACUACGACAAGGCUGGCUUCUUCUCACCGACGGGUCGGAAUCCGAACUCGUGGAGGGAUGGUGCUGUUUGA